AUGUCGUCAGUCGCCCUGUGCGUUUUUCUUUUGAUUUGUUUCUUCGCAUCCCAACAGCGUUCCUUAGCUAAUCUGGCUGCAGAACAUUCGUUCUUCUCUCCACUUGAUGAAAGCCAAAAUGUUAAGCUUUAUUGGAAUAUAAGCACUACUAGAGAGGAAAUUUUCUUCACUGUUGAGGCGAACACGACAGGAUGGGUAGGAUUUGGCAUCUCCAGUGGUCAGGGGAAAAUGGAAGGAGCAGAUAUUGUAAUAGGAUGGGUGAAAGACGGACAGACGUUUUUCAAGGCAAGUAGAUUAGUAUCCGGCAAUCUCUCCACAUUUACAAUGAUAUAACGCCCUCCUUCAGCUAUCAUCUCUAGUCAGACUGUAAAUAAUUCGGAUAUGAGGCUAAAGGCAGGUGGAGGGGAGAGAGAGAGAGAUAUUUUCUUUAUUUUUUGAAUGCUUAACUGAUUGAAAUUGUGCGCCCAUUGACUACAGUGCGAGGGGAAAAAAGACCACUCUCCAUCAUAGCUAACAUAGAAGCUCCAUUUAGCAAUUACAGAGUUCGGCAUAAGCCCUUACCUCAGAAUCCAAGGUGGCCCAGCCACUUUUGUUUCCAUUUUCAUUCGCCUUUGCAUUUUUUUCAUCGUUAUUUUCAAUUUCUUUCUCGCUUUUGUCUGCAUGUACACUUGCAUUGCAUCUUUUAUGGAAUGAAGAAACCUCGAGUUGGAUAUCGAGUUCGAGUGCGAAUUUCGGUAUCGAAUGAGACUUCGAGUUAAACCUCAAGUUGGUCUUUCCUGUUUUCUCUUUGAUUCUUUUUGUGUUGUUGUUGCUGUUGUUUGUUUUGUCAUUCACGAAAAGAUCCUCUGAAGAACGGGGGUCUGCUUCUUAGCUGGCGAGGGGGGACAGGGGGUGUCCACCUCCCUCCUCCCGUUCCUUGCAUUCUCGGGUAGGCGUCCCUUUUUUCCUGGCUUUCUACCUCUUGGCUAUUUUUCGUUUGCGAAAUGUUAAGAAUCAAACCGCCCAUUUUUUCCCUAUCCCCUAAUUUUCUCUCGUGUUCUGCCUUUUCCUCUUCCACCCCCCCGUACCCCUCCCUCCCCCUAUUCUCUCCGGCCUGCCCCGGCUUCCAUUUACCGUCUUCACUCACUAAAUCGGCGUUCCAUUUUCAUCAGAAUUUUCAAUUUCGUUUGCGGUUUUGUAUCUCUCCUCCGCAGAGGCUCCCGCUGGGAUUCCUUAUUAAAAUAACCCGCGCGCUCUCUUUUUCUUUCUCCCAGCCUCCCUACAACACAAUGAGGCUUCUGCUGAGGAGAGAGCGGUUUUGCUUUAAUGUUAUUUGCGCUCUAAGGGCACUUGAAUAUCACUUGAAUUAUGAUUUGCUACGGGUUUUGGGUUUUACUGGACAUUUCGUUUCUGUCAUCACUUAUCACUUUACUAUUGUUUCCUUUUUGCUUUGCGUUUUUAAUUCUUCGUGUUUAAACAGAAAAAUUAAAAUUGGGAGCAAAACACUUACUAAAUGCGUGACGUCAAAAUCAAAAAGGGGAGUAAGACGCCAUCUUAUGUGGCAUCAAAAUUAGGAGCUGAGCCAGAAUUAUUCGUGAUAAGGAAGUCCAUCAUAACGUUGGUGAGUGGCUGAUGAUGCCAGGGAUGACGAUAAUGUCCAAGAGAGUAGAUCAGCACGCGAAAAAGAACAUAUGGAAGGAUUAUGCUCGAUCAAAGAAGUGUUAUUAAUGAUAAUCCGUGACAUUCCGCCAUGAACAGAAAUUAUCAGUAAAAGCAAGAUACUGUAGAAUUCCGAAAGUAACGGCUCCCAUUUCUUUCGAAUUUAGCCGGCAACAGGGUACUUUUAGGGUAGCCUACUUCUAGGAUAGCUACUUUAGGGUAUAGUAAUUCACAGUUGUUUCAGAAACGUAACAUGUCAGGAGCCCGUCAGUCCUGAACAUGUAUUUAAAGGUCAUUCCGUUUAUGCACGUUCUUUGAACAAAGCGACAAUGUCUGAAUAUAAAUGUUGGUUCUAUGAGGCGAAAGUCAGUUAUAGGUGCAUUUAAUCGCGAUGAAUGCAAAGUAAUAUCAUUCGACUCUUUUGACAAAUACUGAACAGCUUUUAAAUCAUUCAACAUUUUAAAAGAAGGAUUCAGAUAAGUUCUAUAUAGAAACACAAUGACUUUUCUCGUUGUUUAGUUGAGACAGUUUCGCAUAUACGGUACCAAAGUUCAAAGAUUUUCACAUGUUCUUGAUAAAUUGAUCCGUUUUUAAAAGAGUUAUUUUUUCAUUCUUGUUUGUGAUAAUUUUUGAAGGGCCCCGACUGUCGAGUAGGCCCUUAAUUUCAGUGAGAGCCACACGCAGUAGUGAAAAAGUAAAAUCUUGCAGGCAUGCUCUCGAUCUACAGUGACUAAAAAGAAAAAUAAAAGACUGCUCGCAGUCCGUGUUUUGGGCCCGGCCGACUCACUCAUAAAAAUUCAGCCGUAACCGCUAGGCGAGGCCACGAAAAUGAGGCUCUCCCCUUGUGCGUCGCUCCGUCUCGCGCCUCGUUCUCUCUAGCAUCCAUAACUUCGCAGGCUAGGAGUAUAUGAAUGAAGUAUGCACUCAUAAAUCCCACAUGAAGCUGAUGUUUUUGUUGUACACUACCAGGAUCGACAUGCAGAUGGUCGCGUGAUGCCAAAAAUCGAUUCGCAGCAGGAUUACGAACUGAUAUCUCUUAAGGAAGACAAUGGAAAAACCACCAUGAAAUUUAAAAGAAAACUGGACACAUGCGAUCCUCAAGACAACAAAAUCGAGGUGAGUAAAGCCUUGAAAGCCUAAAAAAAUGUUGACAUUUAGUGGUGGCAGCUUAAGACGAAGAGAUUUUGAAAGCUGAGUUUAGCCUGAAUCUAUUGAAGGUGGCAAAUUUGUUAUAUCGACUCAGAUGAUGAGACUAACUUUUUGCUGGUUUCACUCUGCCCAGAGACGCAGCCUUGUUUUACUCUCCAGGGAGCGAGUGGAGGUGAAAGAGAGAGAUUGAUAAAGAGUUUGUCGGAGACGUAGCAACAUAACGUCUUUUGAAACAAACCCUUUGCAAGCGUUUGUCCUAAAGAAUAGCCCAAAUUAGCCAUUCAGCUGGCAGAAAAGCGGUGACACAAGUUGUUAUUGUGUGCGACUUAGUUUUCACCAUCACACCACAGUGGCUCUCAGCUUAGACAAUCCUGUUAACUUAUAAGUGUUUAAAAUGGUGGCUGAGACCCGACACUUUCAAUUUUGCCUUAUCAGGGUGUCUGAGAGAAUUAAGGUGGAAAAGGGAGAAUCGGGAACGAGGUCGACGAAGACGUAGCAAUGAAUUGUCCAAUUUAGGGAUUUAGAUGGUGAAAAAGCCGGCGAAGAAAAUUUACGAUGUGGACGACUUAUAGUUUUCCAUCCUCUCAAAAGUUUCUUCUCGUUAUUCAAAAGUUUCUUCUCGUUAUCACUCACAGUGGCUCUCAGACACAGUACUGUUGAAGAGAUUAAAAUGUUGGUUGAGACCUUGACAACACUUUCAAUUUUCAGGCAGGGACAACGAAAGUGAUCUACGCUUACCACCCAGAAGAUCCAGCUUCAGAAAAUUCCAUUUUACAGCAUAAUCAUAGAAACCGUGGGCAAAGGAGCGUUUAUCUGCUAAACAACGCCAACAAAGAACCAACUCUACCUCCUGACACUAAAACCUUUGAUAUAUCACACAAUAUGGUAAUACUAAUUAAUAGCUUUUUUUAGAUUUAUUAGCGGUAUAUUCCUUUAAGCCCAAGUGUAAAAGUUUAGAAUUAAAUAAGAAUGGGAAGUUACACACAGUUUGCAUAUAUUAACCGUGUAAGCGCUCUUUUAGCGCCCUUUCGUAUGCUUAAUUCCCUACUUAAUUAAGUACUAGGUUACUUUUACUAUUUUUUCUAUCCAGUCCAUCGUCAUUGCUUUUAGUGUAUUCUUGCAAUGCAGAUCUUAAAUAUUCUCGAGCUCAAAUUGAACGAAAUAAGAGGCAUCGCUAAGAGUUACAGCAUGGCGUCGAUGAAUCUUAUGUGCUUUUUAGAUUGCAAAUCGGUGUGGUUUAAUGAAAUUUCAGCACCCACACGUCUGUACUAAUAAUCACCGAACUUUAAGGAGUGAAGAUUCGAAAACCCAAUGAAGAAAUCGUUGGCAAAUUCUUUCUUAAAACAUAUGAAGAAUUGUUUCUCGUGUUGACCACGCCAAUUCAGUGCAUAUCACAAACGCACCGACAUAGGUAUUAGGCAAGGCCAAGAUAAGCAGGAAAAAAUGAGCAGAGCUGGGUAAGAAACUAUCUGAAAUUUAUAAUGCAAGAUUUCUGAUAACCUGUUCAAUGGCAAUGGUUUCAUGACAGGCGUUGUUACGGCUUAUACGGGAGCAAAAGAAGUGACCAGCAACGGAUUCUUCGGGGGCACACAAAACUGAGUCUUUUUCUUUUCUGCGUAAAAUACUUUAAUUUUGCUGAGUUUCAAAACGUUUUGAAUGUACAAUAUAUAUCAAAUUUAACCAUGAUCACAUUUCUUUCUCUAUUUUAGACUGCCAUUCCCAAAGAUGGAACUAGCUACAUGUGCGCAGUUUUGGAAAUCCCUAAACUCAAUGAAACCCAUCAUGUCGUAAAGGUGAGAUCUAGACUGCGGAGUAGAACCAACUUGUAUCCAGUCUGUGGCUUCUGGCUUGCACGCACUUUUGUUGUUAUUGAUAUUUGACCUACAAAAGGCAAACUGAUAACUAAUCUUUGACUUACUUUUGAAAACGUAGAUUGAACCUGUUAUCCAAUCAGGCCACGAGGGUGUCGUUCACCACAUGUUAGUGUUCCAGUGCAGUGAUGAUUUUCCAAAGGAGUUAUUGAACAAUACUGCUUUUAGAUGCUAUGCUUCAAAUAUGCCUCCUGAAAUUAGAGGUUGUGCUGGACUCACGCCCAUAAUUGCUGGUUGGGCUAUAGGUGGUAAGGUAAGUGUGUAUAAUGAUGUUGUUAUGUAAAACCUUAAAGAGAGAUGGCAUAUUUUAAGCUUGGCACCGAAUACGAAAGAUGCAGUAAUAGGCGACAUAAACAUGAACAUUAUGGGAAAACGCAACGCAAAGUAAAAUUAAGACGUUAUUUGACGAACUAAAUGUACACGUCAAAUUAAAUGAAUAAAUGCGUACAAAACAAAACUGCGCGUACCAAGACACAACUGAAAUACAAAUCUAGUAAUAAAUAAGUGAUGUAAGGAUACGAUGGUGCAAUUCAAGCCUGGAUUGUAAUCUCAUCUCCCGCAGGGCUGCACCAUACUUCUCGACGAUAAGACCAUGGUGAAUGAAGAAUUUAUUAAAUGAUUUCUGAAGUAGAUUGGUGUCAAAGCCUUGUUGUCUGAGACGUAAUGAAAGUCCGCGGAGUCUAUUUUUGAAGUCAACUUUGGACGUGCAAAUUCUAGCAUAUCUCACCAGUUGAGAUAUAUAAAAUUCCGUAAGCUGGAUUGGCGGGAAUGUUACUGCCCAUAUGAGGAAAGCUGACAAUCCGGAAUGCAAAGUCAUCUCUCUUAUCGUAGAUGCUGAUACAAAAAGGUGUAUUUAUGUCACCAGUCUUGAUAUUUGAGUCGAGAUAACACACUUUCAGUAGAUGAUGUGGAAGCGUCCUUAAGUUCCAAUUCCGACGGCUAAAUUGCGAUGAUGUAAUUUCUAAAGUCCACAUUGUUAGCACUGAAUAAAUCGUCGAUGUACCGAAAGGCGUUGCUGAACUGGAUGGCUUUUGUAAUGUCCUGUUUCAUUGUUUUGACCAUGGAAUCGUACUCGAAGGUAGGAAGGAAGAGAUCAGCCAUCAAAGGUGCACUGUUGGUGCCCAUUGGUAUACCAAUAACCUGCCGGAAAACAGAGCUUCCAAAACGAACGUAGAUGUUGUUGAUAAGAAAGUCAACAGCGAGACAAAGCACACUACAGGAGAAGUACGUGUACCACGCUGACGUCCGAUCAUUCGUACAGAAGGUGCGAAAAUUAUUUGUAGCAAUGAAGCUUUUUCCUUUAGUACUAAAAACUCUUUCCAAAGGAUCAUGGAGUUGCUUUUUAACUUGGGCGUGUGAAAGGCUAUGUUAGAGAAGUGUUCAUCAAAACAGAGUCUGUCAUCCACAGUUAUUCCAAACAACGCAACUGAUUUGUGUACCGGAAAGGAAAACGCAUGAUUCGUGUUUCUAUUAUCAUGGCCUGGUGUUUGGUGGGAUUGACCAACAUACCGUUGCUUCUGUACCAUUCGUUUGCAAUAUUGAGCUGAUGCAUGAGCCUCCUGUCAAGUAAUUUUGGAUCAGUGUCUGAGCCAUAAAAUUGUUCAUCAUCGGCGUACGCAUGAAGCUUUACCUCCGUAAUAUGAUAAAAUUAUAAAGCCAUUGAUAAAAAUAUUAAAAAACAGGGGCCCAAGUACACUGCCCUGAGGUACUCCUCUCGAAACCGCUGCCUAUUCGGAUGUUACAUCUCCAAUUGUAACCUUCUGCAAUCUUCCAGGGGGAUAGUCCUUGCGCAGCGCACAAGCGCUACACUGACUUAGGCCAUAUGCUUUUAAUUUGGCCAGAAGAAGAGCGUGUGGUAUUGUUAUCAAACGCUUUCGAUAAGUCCAAUGAAACAAUCCCAACAAGUUAUUUUUUGUCUCUACUCCUCCUCCGGUCCUCCAUGAGUCGAAAGUCUCACAACUAUGGAAUUUUCUGUAGCGGAUAGAAAGUUUGAUAGGAGCCCAUUGUAAAAUCCUUCAAGCUGAGAUGACAGUAGCUUUUCAAAUAUAUUAUUCAGACAGGGUAAUACCGUUACUGGUCUAUAAUUCUGUUUGACAAGUUCAUCAUCCUUUUGAAAAAAAGGGGUUAUUUGUCCCAUCUUCCAACGGCUGGGAUAUUUGCAUUGAGAAAUUGCUGCAUUUAUAAUAUUUGUAAUAGGGGCCCAUAUUGCCGAAAAACAAUUUUUGCCAUCCAGUCACCUCUUUCAUGGUUUUCCAUACAAAUCCUUUUAAAUUCGAAAUUUUCAAAACUGUCAUAACCUGUCAUGAAAUAUUUCCUUAGCGUUACAGGGUUCAAAUCUCCUUUUAAUUCAUAACAGACAGUUUGAGCCCUUAAUAAAAAUGCGUAAGAAAAAGAUUACACGACAGUUUAAAAAUUUUAGAAUUUACAAGGAUUUUUAUGGAAAACCAUGCAAGGGUGACUGGAUGGCAAAAGUUGUUUUUCUCAUACAAAUUCUUCAAACUUUCGGCGGCCGUUACAAUCGCUACUUUUGAGAUAUACGCCUGAAAAUUCUCAGGUUAGCUAAUUUCAAUAUGCUCUUUCAGCUUGUGCUAACAAAAUUUUUCAAAAGCGAACUGUUUUCGUGUUUGAAAGUUGAUUACGUGAUCAAGUCAUGCAAAGAGCCUUAGAAAGAAACAAAGCAAAGGUAAGAGGUUGAAGAAAACUUAGAUUCUGUUUAUUUUAAAAGGGAUUUUAUUACCCGGAACACGUUGGAUUCGCCAUUGGAAAAGAAAACAGUCCAAAGGUUGUCGUCCUUGAAGUCCACUAUGACAAUCCUCAGAAUUUGGAAGGUACGACUGGAAACUUAGCAAAUUUAAUAACAAUAGUAAUAAUAAUAAUAAUAAUAAUAAUAAUAAUAACAUUUUCUUUUAUAGCGCUAUUUCCAUUGCUGUCCAGUGGCGCUUUACAGCAACGACUAAUUUUUGAAAAUAAAUUUAUAAAAUAAAUUGAUAAUAAUGCACUAUAAGCUAUGCGUUAAAAUUAACAAUAUUGUUAAACUGAAUAAAAAAAAAUCAAAUCAAAUUAAAAAAAAAAAUGAAGUAAUAGUCGACAAAAACCUUACCUUAAAACUUUUUCCUGUAAUCCAGUACAUUGACGUUGUGAGUCUUUUGUUAUUAGUUUGUCGACAAAUUGUCUAACUGAAAGCUUCUUUGUCAAAGUGCUUUCAUUAGAUUGGUUUAAAUUUAACCCCGUUUAGUUGGCAACAGUAAGUCACUCAUCGUCAAUUCACAUGAUUUAUGGCAGCAGUGACGAUCAAGCAAAUGCUGUGCAGGGCCCAGCUGGGGCCGGUUUUUCUAAAGGCCCAGUAACUUUUUGGGCCCGAAAGCAAAUUUUAAACCUUUGGAAUGGUAGCACAUGCACACAGUUCCUUGCUCACAAACCAGUCAGUUAAGCUUCGUUAACUGAUAGUUUUAUUAAAUGUCUCAUAUUCAAAUUAUUGAAGCUUUGAUCUUGAAUGUAAACACGGGAAACACAAACAACUUUACGGACCCGAAAAGUUACCGGGACUUUCCAGAAACGGGCCUCAGUGAUGUAAAUUUCAUUCGCAGAAGUUGCAAAAGACAAGGCCUGAGUUUGAGUUUUUUAAAGUAUUAUUUGAUAACUUAAGUUCAUUGGGAAAGAGUGAGUGGGAGGUUCAACGUUUUUACAGUGUCACUGGAUAAUGCAUCAGUCAGUACCAGCUGCUCCCAGCCCUCCCUCCCCCCCGGGCUGAGCCCCGUCCAUUAGCAUUUUAUUUUGCCUUGAAUGGCAAAUUCCCGGGGAUAGGGACUCUUGAACUGGGGUGGGGACGCAAAAAGAGGGCAAACGCCCUGUCCUCCGUCAGCUCGCCCAGUCGAAUAGUGCCAUUUAAGCAUUUUAAUGUGCGAUUUUUCGUUUAAAUUAACGUUUUACUUUGUAAUAGCGCUAGGAUUUUAAUUAAGACUGCACGCCACGACGACACUAGUUUAUGGUUUUAGUAUUGUUAUAUUUAGUAUUUAGGCUGGGGUUUGUGCCUUGUGGAUCCAAAAAAAUCUUUUUUUAUGGACCCGAUAUUUAGAGAACCGUUUAAAACGGACGGUGACACUGAUAGCAAAAACAUUUCUUAAUUGUAAUUCCUUUUGUUAAUUGAACACUAGGUGGGGGAUCGCUUUAGACCAACUAAAUCUUUUGCCUCGAAGUAUUUCCCUGAUGAGAAAUGGAUUCUGUUAACCAUGGCUUUCGAAUAUUUCACUGUUGUAAAUGUUUACGUUUCCGAGAAGAGGAAGUUUGGUCUGAUGAUUAUUGUUUUUCUUUAGGACUGAUUGACAGUUCUGGCUUGCGGUUUCACUACACCAAACAGCUACGAAAAUACGAGUCGGGAGUACUGCUGGUUGGAGCGGACGUUAACCGCGCAAUGCUAAUUCCGCCGAGGCAAAAAAACUGGAAAAUAAACAGCUUUUGUAGCUCAGAUUGCACCCAAAAGGUACUGCCAUCUACCUUUAUUUGCUCUUCAACGCAGUUUGGAGCUGACAGAGCUUGUUUUUAUAUCCAAAUUAUUGCUUUUAUUAUAUUUGUAUCAUUUCAUCUGACGGUUUCAUUUAAUCUAAAAACUGAGGUAUGAUUUUCUUGUUAAAUUUGAAAAGCAUCCUGUAUUUUGUACUUUGAGCACAAAGGUACCUUACACACUUGGGUGUUUCCUAGUUGGUUUACUUAAUUAGAAAUAGACUUCAACUGCCAGCGAAAGCAGUUAAAGUGCGGACUCAGACCAGAACACUUAGAGGAAGAUUAUCCAGUCACAAAGUUUUUUGAAAACAAACGAUUGAUCCAUAGCCUGCGAACAGCAGACGCAUUUUCGGUCGUCGCUUCUCUCCCUCCGAAAAAUAGCGUCUGCGAACCCGAGAGGCAAAACUAUUUCCGUGACGUAAAACCUUUCUAGCCAAUCACGGUUUAGCUCUUAAAAUCAAGGAACUAACUCGCAAGACUUCUCGGAAGAUCGUGCACGGUGGAUAUGUUUUCAAGUCGAACUUGAAAGGACGACGUAGCCAAGCCGCCCUUUUUCCUCAGAACGACGCGUUUACGAAAGUUAAUUUGCCAGGACUGUAGGUCUUAUUGAUGAAAUAAGCAUCAAGAAGAUUCAUAUCGAGGAAAAGAUUGGAGGACAUUUUUUUGUCUAUUUGCCUUCGGAGUCAAUGAUUUAUUACACCUAGUUCUUUUGAUCAUAUUCAAACGAUAAAUGUCCUAAUGACAGUAGACGCAUCAUGCCGUUUGUUGCUUCUGUUCCUUUCUGGUUCCUGGCAGGAAGGAGAACUCUUCGAUAGUUUGUCGUGUGCUGCUUUAGAUAUUUUUUAGUAGAUACAUGUAUCCUUUAUCUUUGAAAGCUAGGACGUGUGGUAAUUGAUUUCCCAUGCGUAGUUGCUUCUUGGUUCAGACAGAACUUUGAUCAGAUCGAAAGCUUUUAUAUUUGUUCUUAUAUUUCUUUAAAUACAUGUUCUUUUCAAGGUUUAGAGUCGAGGCGCCGUAGCUGAAAUGUCAUCUUCACUACCUUAAUUUAAUCUAAUAUAAUUUAAUUAAUUUAAGUCGCGUUAAUUUUGUUGAGCGUUAAUUUCCGCGACGUAAUUUAACUGCAGCGUUAAUUUCUGCGCUCUUAAUUUCCAGUAUUUUAACCCAACUUUUGGAACCUGUCUAGACAUUCUUGACACCUAAAAAACAUUAACUACAAACUUUCUUUCUUUCCAUCUACCCUUUAUUUUUCAUCUUUUACAAAAGCUAAGGCGAAGGUUUACAAUAUUUCGAGUUCAUCUUCAUCUUUGUCGCUGUCAGAAGUGAUGUCCGCUCAGUUCUGUUCAGUUUUGAAUUUUAUUGCAUCCAGUGUUGAAAUAAAUUUGUUCUAGUUGUCACCACGAACUGUGUCUUAAUCGCGUUAAUUACCUUUAGAAUGAAAUUCUACCUCCUCUUUAGCGUUAAUUUUCUUUAUUCGAAAGUCGUUUUCCAUUAAAUUCGGGUUAAUUUAAGUGGCGUUAAUUUCCAAUACCUUAAUUUCAUGGAGCGUUAAUUUCCUAUAAUAAGGUAUGAUCAAUUUGCUGCUUUAACUAUUUGUUUCACGCUGGGUCUGGCCCAGGUUUAUAAAAUUUCGGAUCAUAGUGUUGUGGCGAUACUAGAAUUAUUAACGAGCGAUUGUCAGAGAUUUCUGAAUCAGUCAAAGAUGUGUCCGUAUAAUUGAUUCACCACCUUUUGUCAGCGCUGGUUAACUUGAAAUUAAUAAGUCUGAGCGCGAUGUCAUUAGGCUAUGUUACUUUCCUUUCGCUGUACCGAUUAUUUUGUCCAGGUUUUGUUUAUGUCACGUACUACCGUAUUUUAUAAAGCGAAACCAAAGGCCCACAUCAUAUACAUAGCUUAAGAAGCAGUUGCUUCAUAAAGAAGUCAGCAUUUAACGGCGCAGGAAACCUUGUUAUGGUCGUGAAAUUCACAGUUCCAAAGCGUAUUUGGAGUGAAGUGUCUCCCAAGACACUUCAGCGCGCGAGAAGUCACUCGAGCUGUAUUCUCUCCUUUAACCUGAUAGGCCAACAUCAAAACAAAAGGUUUUACGCCACGGGUUCGCAGACGCUAUUUUUCAGAGGGAGAGAAGCGACGACCGGAAAUGCGUCUGCUGUUCGCAUGCUAAUUGAUCCACGGACCAUUAAAAUUCAAGUAUUCAACUAUGCAACCGUUGAAACUUUCAGGAACCAUUUGAACUUAUCUGACCUCUCAGGAAACAGCCCUCAAAAUUAUGAAUGUUGUUUAAUGGUCCGUUUGCAAAAGAACUUGAGAAUCUUUUGUUUUCACAAUACGUUGUGAAUGGAUAAUCGUCGCAGUGUCCCGGUUUUGACCCUUAAAAGGGUCCGCACGGAAAGCGUUUUCUAACUGUGAGUGAAGGAUUUCUUUAUUUCUCAAGGUCCAUGUCGUAAAUCGGUCUUACUAAUAAUUCUUUUAGGGACUGAAUGAAAUCGUGCUACCUGAAGGAGGAAUCAACAUCUUUUCGGCGAUGUUGCAUACACAUCUAGCUGGUAAGAAUAGCGCUAGAAAGUAGAAAUCGCUGGUAAGAAUCUCCAUACAUACUCUUCAGGUUUGUUACAACAAAUCACACUAAAUUGUGAGUUUGGGCUACUUGAGGUUGCUCACUUCUGAAAGUAACGAUAACUCACCCUGUCACCAAGCUACCCGAAAACCCAUGCUUUUUAGUCCAAAACAGCAGGCUCGAAAUCCUUUAUCAGGGCCUACAGCCUUAAGCAAUUUGGCUUACGAUUGACAGUAUAUUCAUAAUACUAGUUUUAAACCACAACAAACUUUGUUCAGUCGAUCUGUUUUGUCACUCGGCUGAAGUUUCUGCUUAUUUUUUUUUCAAGACCUUGCGUUUCUCAAUCCUAUUGAAUCUAUACCUAGCCAAGUUAUAAACUGUCAGCCUAGUUGAAAGAAAUAUAGAAUUUAAUUAAAGCAAUUCUUUUUUAUGUUAUAUCGGACUUGGUGUCACAAAUCAGUCGACUUGUCUUUCCUUGAUGUUCUUACCUACUAACAAAAAGUAUUGUAUACAUUUGGGAAACUGUUUUGGAGUGCUAAGUCUUCGAAAGAGGUCGAAGCACGAAUAAUUAAACUGCUGUAUAUACAUUGUUUGCUUCUUGGUGACGUAGAACAAUAAACGCUUUUAUGAUUUUAAAGGGCGUAAAGCAUUACUUCGACACGUUAGAGAUGGCGUGGAACUUCCAGAAAUUAUAAGAGAUGACCAUUAUGACUUUAACUUUCAGGUGAGUUUUACAGGUGAGUUAAAGUGAAACGAAACGACUAAAAAGGUUAAGGCAGGUUGAUCCGUAGCUAUCCGUCAUAGUAGUUUACCGAUGAAAUUUAAGCUUGUGCCCACAUCUAAAAUAGUGUUUUAUUUUUUUAUUAACAGCGUACUGUCAUUUACUUUUUAACAGGAAUAUCAGGUUUUGAAUAAGGAGGUCCAUAUUGCUCCGGUAAUGAAUUUAUAGUGUCUGCAUUUUUUCCUUGGCUCUGUUGAAUCAAUUGUAGCUUUCUUGCCCCUUUACUGAAGUUUUAAGAUAGAUAUUUAAUGUGCUCUUGGUUCUGAGGAAUUAAUGUAAAUAAUAGGGACUUUAAGAUCAAACGACGCGGACAGCAACGAGAACGUCAAAAAAAAAAAGGGUUUAAAAAGCAAAACAACAACUUCGCACGUGCAUCACACUUUUUUGUACAUUUCUUUCCCGUUUUUGCACGACUACGAGGUGAAAAUGCCUAAGUUCGCGUUUAAAGGAGGACGUAAAUAAGCAAUUGUAAUUGUAAUUGUAAUUAUCUUAUUAUCCACUCCCCUCAGGGCUUUUCAGGGAUAAUUUACAACACUGGUUGGGGGACUUUGCCAGACUGCUUAAGGUGCAGUUUACAAGUACUGAAGGAAUGAGUGAUGAUGCCCCCAUAUAUGAGUGUGAAAGCAACGACGAAACUUUAUUUCUCUUUCUGAACUUGGCUAUGGUCCCUUGAAAUUCAGCUUCAGGCCAGGGGGGUUAGCCUAAUUUUGACAAAGUAAUAAUUGCUAUUAAGACUGAAAGAACGCAAACUCACUUUUUAAGUGACGUUCUCAUUGCCAUCGCGUCGUUUGAUCUUAAAGUCCAUAUAUGAUAUCUCAAGUUGAACCCCCGCCUUUAAAUAGGCAGACAAUAUUAAUAUUCACACACCUGGAAUGGUUUUUCUUUCAACAAACAACACUCUUAUACUACUACUGUUACUUAUCUUUCCGGGCUCGAAAUUUCAGUAAUAGCUACAGGUGAACCUCGAUAUAACGAUGUGCCAAGGGACUGGUAAAAUUUGUUCGUUAUAAGAAGGUUUUGUUAUAUCGAGGUUCUUUUCCGUAUAUUUUACUAUUACUGGGCUAAACAAUUUCGUUCGUUAUUCAGAAAACUUCGUUGUAUAGAAGUUUCUAAGUGUUAUAUGGAGUUUCCACUGUUAUUGACUGAGCUUCUAGCUUAUCCCUUACCAUAUUCGGAGUCGAUAAAUUUAUUGCUUGAUUCGGAUAUGAUAAUCAAACCCUAAUGAGCAAAAGGCAAACUUAAAAAUGGGAAAAUAUUCACCUGUCAUGUUAAUAGUCCAGCUCUGACCCUCUCUAUGUUACUCAACGUUAAGCUCUUGCCCACACCUCGCUUAAUAUUCUAAACCAAUCAUCGUGGUACCUUUUUGCCACUUUUUACAAUAACUGAAAUAUGGGGGUGACAAUAAUCGGUACAUUAACGAGAAAACGAGGUACUUCAACCAAAACAGUUACCACUGGGACGAACGGAAGCCCUUUGGGUAUUUUCUGAAGCAAGGAAAAAAGAGAAAGCCAUUGAAUUUUCCAGUCGACACAGCCUGUAACGCAAGCAGUAUCCCUCCUUCGUUGUUUCCACACUACAGGGAAAAAAGAUUUUCCACGCAAAAAUUUCUCUCAGAAGUUUUACCCUAGUUUUUACAUGAGAAAAGUGCUUUCAUGUCAUCAAUGUUGUGUUAUGGACGCGAUAUUUUUUACCGAUCCUGAGACAGUGCUUCACUCAAAAAAAAAAACCAAAAAACCAAAAAACAAAAAAAAUUAAAACAAAAAAAGCAAAAAACAAAAAACAAAACGAAACUGGCACUUCAUUAUUCGGAAAACGGAAAUUCAAUUUUGGGGGAUCAAUAAAGAUUACUCCAGAAUCAUUAACCCAGGACGUAUUCCUAUUCCAGAAUAAGAUCAAUAGAACGCACCUCAACGUCCACAACGGCGUAAUAGUGAUAAGCAAGAAAUAUAGCAGAAACCGCUGCUGGACACUCUUGCCCGAGAACGUGAGCUAAUCAAAGGUUACGUUACUUAAAGAAGGCCAGAGAUAGACUCAUAGGGUUUAAAUGACGAGAUGACUAUUCGUUGCAGUACCCUGAAUAUGCUGUAAGCAGCACGAGUAUAUUCUGGGCAUGAUCUAGCUAGUUAUAUGCUUGUUUUGUUCUGCAUAUCUCGAAUAAAGACCUAACAAGUGGAAAAUAAAAUUCGCAUAAGCACAGCACAGAAUUUUGCUGUGUUUUGGCCGAGUCUCUGAAUGGCUUUCUGAAGUUGGGCCUAGAUUGUUUAAAUUCUUUUAUAUGUAGAUGAUUGUGGCGAUUUUUUAUCUUCUUGAUCUAUCUUUCUUUACACAAUUAAUGGCCACAUGUGAAUACUUCGGAAACUUUUUCAAGUCUUGGAAAUUGUCUUGUUUUCUCUGAAACACUUGAAAGCUCGUAUUUAGUGCUUAACGUAUUUAAACACUUGCUCUGCAAUUUUUCUUUUAUCUUGCAGGGCGACGCUUUGAUUAAUGUCUGUUUUUAUGAUACCAAUGAUCGGUCUUUUGCUACCAUUGUAAGUUGAGUUGUUAAUGUCUUAACCUUUGUUUGGUCCUAAGCGUACACUUCUUGCUUUUAUGUUGAAGUCCCCUUUGUACUUGUCUCAAACGGAAACUGAUCCGAACAAAAAUUCUUACGUUUCAGUUCUUUUUAGUUAUUCGUUUUUUUGUCCUUUUUUCUUUUAAUGUAGGGAGGGCAAUCCACUUUUGAAGAAAUGUGUAUAACCUUGGUUAUGUAUUACCCAAAAGUCGACUUGGCAAAAUGCACCUCAAGCGAAUUGCCAGCGGUCUCCAGCUGGGCUGCAAAAUAUGUCAAGUAA